UUUGGAUCGUUGGGGAGAGGUUUGGCACAGGGGCCGGCAUGGACGGAGGAAAGAAACCCUUCCGCGGGGUCCCCCUGGCAGGCGGAGGAGGAAGGGGGUGGGAGAUCCCUGACGGAGGAAGCAGCAGCAGCAAGAAGCCCAGAUUUCACUUGCACAUCAAGACUCUGACAGAUGAUGUGAUGGAUCGAUUUGCCAGCAUACGAAUUCCAGGCAGCAAAAAGGACAGACCUCCUCAGCCACAUCUGAAGCAUUCCUCAACCAGUGACUGGCCUGUAACUCCUGAUGGAGACGCCUUUAUCCCUACUCCGUUGCCUGAUAGAGAGAUCUUAACGUUGUUUGAAAAAAUGAUGGAAGAUAUGAAUUUAAAUGAAGGUAGAAAGGUUCCCCUGAGAGAGAAGGACUUCAAUACCAAAAAAGAGAUGGUGAUGCAAUAUGUUAGUUCUAAGUCUAAAGCGGGAAGCCUGAAGAGCAACAAACAAAUCACUCCCCAAGAUUUCAUCUGUGAACUAAAAUCAGGAACCACCGACGAACGGCUUGUUGGUCUCUUGGAAUCGCUCCGUGUAUCACUGACCAGUAAUCCUGUCAGUUGGGUUGAGAGCUUUGGCCAUGAAGGACUUGGAUUAUUAUUGGACAUCUUGGAAAAACUAGUUGAAUCCAAACAACAGGACAAAAUUUUGAAGAAAGUACAACACAAGAUCAUUCAGUGCAUGAAAGCUUUUAUGAAUAACCAGUAUGGUUUGGAAAGAAUAAUGGGCGAGCAGAGAAGUCUUUCGCUACUGGCUAAAACUAUCGAUCCCAAGCACACGAGUAUGAUGACCGACGUAGUUAAACUUCUUUCUGCAAUAUGUAUUGUCGGUGAGGAAAACAUUCUUGAAAAAAUUCUGGAAGCGUUGACUGCGGCAGCAGAAGAAAGGAGCAUUGACAGAUUCUUCCUCAUUGUGGAAGGCCUUCGAGGGAAUUCGGCCCAUUUGCAAGUAGCUUGCAUGCAGCUCAUUAAUGCCCUUGUUACAUCUCCCGAGGACUUGGACUUCCGGCUUCACAUUAGAAAUGAAUUUAUGCGCUGUGGAUUGAAAGAGCGAUUGCCGCAAUUGAAAUGCAUAAAGAAUGAUGCUUUGGAUAUCCAGCUCAAGGUAUUUGUUGAACACAAAGAGGAGGACAUGAUUGAAUUCUCCCAUCGUUUCGAUGAUAUCCGAGCAGAGCUAGAUGAACCAAAUGAUGUUUACAACAUGGUGUGGAACGCAGUCAAAAACACGAGCGGGGAAGGCUAUUUUCUUUCUAUACUCCAGCAUCUUCUACUGAUUCGAAAUGACAAUUAUAUACGACCCCUGUAUUUCAAAUUAAUUGAAGAUUGCGUUUCCCAGAUAGUUCUCCAUCGAAGUGGAGUGGAUCCAGAUUUUAGUUAUCGUAAAAGAUUGGAUGUGGACUUCAGUCACUUGUUGGAUGUUUGUAUUGAACAAAAGAAAAUACAAGAACUUGAGGAAAGGGCUUUAGACUUCUCAAACAAGUUUGAAAAUGAAUUUGUAGCCCACCAAGAGACAAAGGCACAGCUUCAGAAAACUGAAGAAAAAAUGGGUCGUUUUGAGGCUGAGCUGAGAGCCUAUAAAUGCCAGAAUGGCUCUGCAACUGGAGGUUUAGAUGCCUGUCCCCUGCCAACCCUGGAAGGACAAGAAGGUUCAUUUCCAUCAACUGAUCCAGCGGGUCACUUAGGACAAUCUGUGACACCUUUACCUGGAACUGUCCCACCCCCUCCUCCUCCCCCUCCCCCUCCCCCACUGCCCCCAUCAUUUGCUCAAGGUUCAGGAAAGCCGCCUCCUUUUGGCUGUGCGGUUCCUCCUCCCCCGCUGCUGCCCGGAGUACCACGUUCUCCGCCUCACCUGCUGCCAUUUGGACUGAAGCCUAAAAAACAGUUUAAACCAGAGAUUACGAUGAAGAGACUCAACUGGUCAAAGAUCCGGCCGCACGACAUGAAUGAGAACUGUUUCUGGCUAACAGCAAAUGACGGCAAGUACGAAUGCUCCGAUCUGCUGGGCAAACUGGAGCUCACGUUUUGUUGUCAAAAGAGAGUAAAGAAAGAUGAAGAGCUUGAAGAGAAGAAGUACAUUAAAAAGCGAAUUAAAGAACUCAAGAUUUUGGAUCCCAAAACUGCCCAAAACCUUUGUGAGUUUCUUUCCGGAACAUGGGCCGGUCACGAGGACAUCAGAAUGAUGAUACUGGAAAUCGAUGAAGCUCAGCUGUCCGAGUCCAUGCUUCAGAAUUUAAUUAAGUAUCUUCCUGAACAAAAACAACUCGGCCAGUUGUCCAAGUUGAAGAGUGAAUAUAAUAACUUGUCUGAGCCGGAGCAGUUUGCGGUUGUGAUGAGUGGUGUGAAGAGGCUGCAGCCACGGUUGAGUGCUAUUCUUUUUAAGCUUCAGUUUGAGGAACAGGUGAGCAACAUCAAACCUGAUAUCAUGGCUGUCAGCACCGCCUGCGAGGAGAUAAAGAAGAGCAAAAGCUUCAGCAAGCUGCUGGAACUGGUGUUGCUAAUGGGAAAUUACAUGAAUGCGGGAUCACGGAAUGCACAGACCUUUGGAUUUAACCUCAGCUCCUUAUGCAAACUAAGGGACACUAAAUCCUUUGAUCAGAAAACUACGUUGCUUCAUUUUCUGGUUGAAAUAUGCGAGGAGAAAUACCCUGAUGUCCUGAGGUUUGUCGAAGAUUUGCAACACGUCGAUAAAGCAAGCAGAGUUUCAGCAGAAAGCUUGGAGAAGAGCUUAAAGCAGAUGGAACGGCAGCUUAAGCAACUUGAGAAGGAUUUGGAGACCUUUCCCCUUCCUGAGGAUAUUCAUGACAAGUUUGUGGCAAAGAUGUCCGCCUUUGCCAUCCAAGCAAAGGAACAGUUUCAGAAGCUUUCCAGGAUGCAUGACAACAUGGAAAAACUCUACCGGAAUGUCAUGGGAUAUUACGCCAUUGAUUUAAAGAAGGUUUCCGUAGAAGAAUUUCUAACUGACUUGAACAAUUUCAAGACAGCUUUCAUGCAAGCCACCAAGGAGAACAUGAGGAGAAGAGAAGCCGAAGAAAAGGAGAGGCGUGCUAAAAUGGCUAAGGAAAAGGCCGAGAAAGAGAAGCUAGAAAGACAGCAAAAGAAAAAACACCUGCUUGAAAUGAAUACAGAGGGUGAUGAAACAGGAGUGAUGGAUAGCCUAUUGGAGGCCCUGCAGUCAGGCGCUGCUUUCCGAGACCGGAGAAAACGGACAGCACAGUCUAAAGACACGAUUCAGAACCUCAGCCCAUCCUCUCAGAGGCCUGUUCUGAAAGCUUGUAACCAUGAAAAUCAUGCAGCAAUGACAGAAAAGUCACAUUUGCACCCCGCUGCAAACGCAAUGUUGGCAAGGAAUCAACUGGGCAAGGAGCGUAACCAUGAGAUGGAAGCCAGUACAUCUGCAGAAAAGAGGAAAGCUAUGGGGAAAGAGGACAUCAGUCAUGGUGGAAGCAGCAGCGAGAAGGAGACGGAGCUCUCUGGCUGUUCCUCCAAACAAGAACCGAUUCCCGAAGUGGAAGCUUUACUAGCCCGAUUGCGAGCACUGUAAAUACUUCCACCAGUAAAAUGCUAAGAGGGUCCUUUCAAACACUCAAGAAAACAGCAUGGUGCAGACCGUACCAAUUCAAAAAUGCAGGUGGAACACUUUUCUGUAUCAGAAAUCUUUCCCUGUGGAAAGCAACCACCACAAGUGGAAAGCUAGGCUGGAAGAACCUUUCUUCUUGAUAUGUUAGCAUAUGUAGGUGAAGAUUUUGAUGGGGAAUUUUCACACACCUGUUCUCCACCUCCAUUCUGUGAUGAGACCAUCCAGGCCUGUACCAUGUGCUUUUUCUGAAUGUUUGACUCACCAACAUGAAUGAGACAUCCUUUUCUAUUACAUAUUUUGACUAUAUGCAUCCUUUCAUGAGGCACAUAUAUUGUAUAUUCAGUAUUAUACUUAUGGAAAAGUACAAAUGCAUCGUGUCUGGUGCCUGACUAUAAAAUGGUGCCUUGUGUAACUGUAAUGUGGCUGGGCUCCUGGAUGGAAUGCAAUUCGACCAUGAUCUAAACGAGAACAGAUACAUUUUGUUGGCUUUCAUAUCCGAAUGAGCCGGAAUGCUUUCUUCAAUAUGUGCUUGUACUUUAUAUAACAAUUUUAUGCUGUUGUCGGGUUUUUUAAAUCCAGCACAAAAUAUGUAUAUUUUAUGUGUAUUGCUGAUAGUUUGAAAUUUUAACCAAAUGUGCAAUACAAGAUUGGACUUUAAUGAAUAUAUUUUAUUGGUAUAUUGGAAUUGCUUGUCAGAUGGACAUAUCUGUGCUAAAAUUACUCCUGUAUUACAAAACUUAUGUCUAGCAUAUCGCAUCUGCUUGAACUUGAAAUAUAAAACACAGUUUUGCAGUAGCACAAACAAAUACCAAAGGAAGUUAGUUACUCUGACUGAUCUUAAAUUGUUACUUGUACACACGACAGCCAUGAGAAAACAUUUACUGGAAUGCAUUAAUUCACUGAGUGCUUUGAAUCUGCUAGGCUUACCACAUGAUUUCACCAUUAUUGUAUUCAUGUUAUGCAUUCAUGUUAAUGCAUUUAUCAGUUACACACCUCUAAGGCUAAUCACAGGCAGAAUACUAUGUUGCUUUCAGUUUCAGUUGUCUAGGAGUAUCUUCUCCAAGAUUCCACUCAGACCAGGUUAUUUGGAGAAACAGAUCAAUAACUCAAUUUUGUCAACUAUGGCUUUGAUUCCCUCUACAAUGUAUGUUGACAGAAGGUUUCUAUCUAUAGAAGUGCUACUUUCCUGCCUUCUCCUCAAUGCUACUCCUGGGGGACGGGGGACUCCCUGAGGAAUUGCUUAGGGAGAAAAUGGAGAUUGUAGCGGGAGGGUGGAAGCAAUGACAAUCUUCUCCCUUGUUGUGCAGGUGGAAAUUUCAGGCUGGCUCUAACCCUUUGUAGUGGUGCGUAGGAUGAAUUCUUCAAUAUGUGCACUGUCUUAUUUAUCACUAAACAAAUAAAAACCAAAUGGUGA